CUCUGAUCCCCACACCACCCCACGCACGAAAGCAAUGACGGUUUAAAAGAAAAAACAAAGUUUGAAACUCGAAAAAGCCUUAUUGUUUGUCACGUGCAGCAGCAAAUUCGUACAUUUCCUCAUAAUGUCGAACGAAAUGGAGAAGGGCUUGCUUUACUGCCAAGAGUACCAGGAGUCAGCGAAAAGAUUACUCUCAGAUCAGAUCAAAACACUAGAAGAGGAGAAUGAUAAAAUGAAGAACGUAUUGCAAAAGUUGAAUUUGUUAAAGGACCUGGUGGUUGCCACGAAAAAGUUGAAGGACAUUCAGUGUAGCAGUGAUGCGAAGGCUUGCACAGUUGAAGCCAUUGGCUUGUCAGUUGUUGAGAAGCAGAGGAAACAGAAUAAUUAUCAGGCCAAGUUAAAAAUGUGCAUAAAGUUUUAUGUGAAUAUCAAUAAAAAAUUGAAAGAAGAAAUUGAAACAUGGGGGAGAGAGUUGGAUAUAUCGAAAACGAACGUUGAGAGUUUAAAAACAUCAAAAGAUGAGCUUAAAUUGAUGGAGGCUAAAGUCAAGAGAUAUGAAAAUGAACUGCAUAAAUAUGAGAAAAAGUAUCCUUGGCUAAGGGAUUCUCAGCACAACCUGCUGAAUGUCAUGCAUGAGAUUGACACACUGAAUUCGCUGCAGGAGCAGAAGAAGAAGCUUGUCGAGGAGCUGAAUUUAUUCAGAGGCUUGAGGCCUGAUAUACAGGAGGCCAGUCAACAGGUUAUCCAGAUCAAAAAGAAAUAUGAACAGAUGAAAAGGGAGAUUAACAAUUAGUCAAAUGUUUAGUUUAGUUAAAUUUAAUCUACAUUAUUAUUAUUAAUGAAAUAAAUUGAUAUAUUUUUUUUGUUAGAAGCAUAGUUUAAAAUUCAAGGGAGUUUUGUGCAUGAGCAUACAUUUCUUGGAGUCAAUUAUCCUGAGCGUGUUUGUAAUCUGCUCAAUUCUCUCUUCAAUCAUUUCCAAAGUGUACAAGUGACUCAUUAAAAUCCUGGCAAUGUAUUCAGCCUAAAAUGUAUAUAUUAUAU